CCGGCCGGCUUCCGGGGCAACAAAUGCGAGAUCAGCGAGUACGACGAAAUCACAGGAUGCAACCUGGACAACGGUGAGGACUGCUUCCGGCAGUGCAUCUACACCGAGGACGGGGGCCGGGACGCUGCCUGCAAGUGUGAUCAAAGCAUAUCGUCUUCCUCACGUGGCCGGGCAAAGUACGUGGUGACGGCGCGCCUCGCAAACUCGUCUUACUUCGAAACCAACGAAAACGGUGAACGGCAGCUUACGGAAAACACCAUCACGAUGCUGGAAAAACAUAUAAAUCGCUCCCUGCGGAACGCCAAUAUUUCCAAAAUAAACGACCUCGAAGUGUUUUCCGGCAAGGCCAACAACGAGGUAACGUUUCAGUUUUUCGGCGCAAAAAUUGAUUCCGGCCGCGUCCGGGAAACGAUGGAGCGGCUGGUGGAGCAGCAGCAGCAGCGAGGAAGUGGCGGCCGGGGCAGUGCCAGCGGAAACGUAAGCUUUGCCCCGUUCAAGCCCAACUUCCGCCAGGACGCCGGGCUAAUGCUGCAGUCCGUGGUCGUCAAUCAGAAGGGCCCGGUCCGGGAGAACACCGAGUUCAUCCUGUCGUGCGUGGCCCAGGGCUCGUCAACGAUGACAUUUCGCUGGUACAAGAACGGCUUCUUCGUGAACGUGACAAAGGCAACGCGGAACAUGUGGACCCGGCUGCUGCCGCUGGACUCCAAGGAUCACUACACGGCCCUGCUGGGCAUCACCAAGGCGAGCCGACUCGACGAGGGCAUCUACACCUGCCAGGUAAACGACAUGGGAAUGCAGCAGUGCCGUUCGACCAAGGUGCAGAUCCUGGGCGCGCCCCAACUCCGCGUUGACCCCCCGAGUGUGACGCUUUUUCGGGGCGAUUCCCUGCUGCUGCGCUGCCUCUCGCAAGACUCCGACCAACAGUACGGCACACUCGGGUACAGCUGGACGAAGAACGGUGCCCUGUUUCAGUCGGAUCCCGCCGUCGAGAUUUGGGAGGACCUCUAUCCGGACGGGAGCAUCCUAAAGGUGAAAAACGUCCAGAAAAGUGUCGUGUACACGUGCAUCGUGUCCAACUCGGUGGCGCCCAUCUCCAAGAGUGUCCACGUGACGGUGGUGGAGUCCGGGUCGGUAACGCUCUGUCCUAAGAAUGCCGAUUACGGCGUAAGCUGGCCGCCGAGUGCGUCCGGGCCGGCAGUCCUGGCAGAUUGUCCCAAGCGUGGGGAUGGUCAGGCUAAGCGGAUCUGCGAGCAGCGGGACAUUGGCCGGCCGGAGUGGCUCAUGCCGGAUUUUUCCGAGUGCGUUCCGGACGGUGUUAUCGAGAUUGAGAAUGAGUUUCGCGGGCUCACCUUUGGCUACCAGAAAACCAACGGCACGAGCGUGCUGCAGUCGUGCCUGGAAUACGCGAUCAAGCACUACCGGAGCUUUCUGCCGGGGGAGGGAGGAGUGCUGCUGGCGCUGCUUCAGCAGAUAUUCCGCUACAUCGAAAACACCGGCAGCCAGCACGAGCAGGAAGUGGCCUCGGACAUCAUUCUGCGCGUCGUGGACGUUAUUAUGCAGAAUAAAUUAUCGUUGAAUAAUCAACAGCAAAUCAAGCAGCUGCAGGACCUGGUCCAGUCGGCAGCCCUGAACCGCGAAACGACGAUAGCGGCCCCGAUUUCGUCGUCGUCCUCGCUGUCCUCGUCGUCCUCGGCCGCGUCCAAGGCAUCGCUGGCCGCGGCCACCACCGUUACGCACCAGCUGAACUCGUUCUACCUGUACACCGAGUCCGUCAAGGGGCUGCCCUUCAACCUGCAGAUCUACGGCGAUCAACUGUACUCGGACCAGCUGUACAUGGAAAUGGACGUAACGAGCUCCCUCGUGGACAUCGUUUCGAACGGAACCGUGCUCGUUACUGUCAUCUCGUACAAAAAUCUGACCACCUUCCUGCCCCGGUUCUACUUUGCCAAAAACAGUUUUGGCACCGAUAUCGAUUACAUCCCGGCCUCGAAAAUCAUCUCCACCUGGCUGUACUACGCGAACCGGACCGGGUACGAGCCCACCAACCGGCCGCUGCACGUGCCACUCGAGGCCGCCCACGUGGAGAUCAUCUUCCAGCACGAGAGCUCGCCGACGAGCGAGUGGGUGCCACUGUGCGGGUACGACGCCAAAGCAACGUUCGAGCCGACCUGGCGAACCGACCUGUGCAUCACCGAGAAUCUGAUGGAGAACAUCACCCGCUGCAUUUGUCCAUUAUCGGGCACGUUUGUGGUGCUGCUGGCCAAGAAAAACUACAACGCCUCGGUGCCCAAAACGACGGUCCGCCCCAUCCUGGUGGUGAUCAGCUGCGGAUGUUGCUUCCUGCAGUCGUGCGUCGCGUUUGCCAUCAUGCUGCCGGUGCUGUACCAGCGGCGGUGCUGUGUCACCUUCCUCAAGAUGCAGUUCUGUGCGGCCACCUCGCUGGCGAUGGCCAUUUUCAUCCUCGGGCUGCUGCAGCUGUUCCCGGUGGAAUGGUUCAGCGUGGUUAUUGCCCUGCUGACGGCGUUCCUCCUGCUCGGGUCGUCAACCCUGGUGGCCAUCACGGUCCUCGUCACGACCGAGCUGGGACCACGCAAGUUGACCGCCGCCACCAGCACGCUUGCCACCGGCAUAUCCGGCAGCAUCGGUCUCAGCUGGUUCCUGCCGAUCCUCUGCGCUACCUCUACGCCCCUGGUCUACAGCGUCCUGUUCGAAUCGCCCGAGCACUGGUGGCACACAACGGACUCGUUCGGUUUCGUGCUCUUCAUCGUGAUCGAAUCGCUGUUUGUGAUACUGUUCCUGCUGCUGUUUCUUACGUUGAUGAAGAAGCUGCUCUACUUGGCCAAGAAGCACGACAAACACAACACCUCCAUCCUGAGGCGGAUAGGGCUGCUGUACCGGACGGCCAUGCUGUUCGUGUCCAACGUGCUGUGCCAUACGUUCUACUUGGUGUACUUGAACACCGAGGACCUGCUCGCCGGGUACGUCUUCAGCGCUGCCAGUAUUAUUAUGGGCUUCUGCAUCCUGUUCAGCUUCGUGAUAAAGGCUGAGGUGAAGCACGAGUCGGAGUCAACCAGUAGCAAAUCUAGUACCAAAAAUAGUUUAGAAGAUAACUGUUGUUCGGGAUCAAUAAAUAGUCCGUUAAGUUUUUAUACAACCCAAGAUCUAGAUAAGGAUAAUGAAUGUCUGCCCUCGGCCGGUGGUGGCGCUGGGAAAACAACGAAAAUUCCGCUGACAAUACUGCCCUCACCCCAGCAGCAGCAGCAACAACAGGUGACCUCGCACAUCACCACAAUCGAACCGUGUCUGCACAGCAUGGAGACAUACAUGGGCGGGGGUGGCAGCGUCGGUGGUGGAAUAUGCAACAUUGUGUCCCACGAGGGUCCUCCGGCGGUGGUCAGUGCCUCGGGGCCGGGACUGUGCAACUUCAACGCGAAAACACGCUGCUAUGAACUCCAACAGCAGCAGCAACAGCAAGGACAUCCGUCAGUGCCAGUGUCCUCGUCCUCGGUGGAGAAUCCUAGUAUUAUAUCAACGACAGCAGUGCCUCCUUCAUCCGGCGCCUCGGCGGCUGGGUUGGGCCCAGGUGGUCAAUACGAUUGGGCCCAGCAGCAGCAGCAGAUUCAGCAGAUGAGUUGUACCUCCGGUGGACUACGGGACGCCUACGGCGGCCAUCAGAUGUACCUGGUCCAGCAGCAGCAGCUUCAACCGCUGUUGCAGCCCGAAACGAACGAGUUUGUCGGUGUCAGCGGGCUGGACAUCCUGAAAGGUGUCGGGCAGGACAGCAUCAUCGGCAUCCGCAGCCAGGCGCUGGAAAUUAGCGACCCCUCCGGUCUGGGUCCCAAAAAGAUGGUCACCGUGCUAGAUCCCGCUUCGGGUGCCCAGCUCGCCAUUUCCUCACCCCCUUCGUCCCUGUGCACGGCCGCCGCCGUCCCGACCGUCGGCAUCCUGGUAGUAACGAAUGACCAAGUGCAGCAGCAGCAGCCCCCUCCAGCGCCAGUGAUAACGAUAACGGAGACGGGCGAGCCCAUCGAAGGAAUGCUGGACCGGAUCUCGCACGAUCUGGACUACCUGCUGAACCGUACCGCGGAGGUGCCUACCGUAGUCCCCAUCCAGCUGAGGCCACCCGGCGGGGGUCCCAGUAGUAGCAGUAGUAAUUGUAACGGUGCAGGACCAUCAACGACAAAUGACGGAAGUGGCGUGGGGAUGUGUCCGUCGUCGUCGUCGCAAAAGUCACCCCUGCUGUCGUCCUGCCACAGCAGCAGUGUUCACGAAGUAAUUAUCGAAGAGUCUGAAGAAGUAGAUAGCUAAACUGGUUCUCCCACGUGGUGGGAGGGGGAACGGGGGGUCGAUCGGUAGAGCAGAGACACUGCCUUUCUGAUAAGUCUCGCAACUAACUUACUCUCUACCUAUCUAGAGAAGUAGUUACUCGAAAUGUGUAGGAAAAUUGUGGUUGUGUUGGUGUGCAAGUAUGUACGAUGGUGUGAAUGUUUGGAAAAUGGCAUUUUCUUGGAAUGGUAGUGAUAUCUAUAACGCUUGUUGGCAAAGGACUGACUUG